AAAGAGGAGGUUUCCAAAGGCGUCCUUUUCAUACUUCCAGCUAACAUGGUAGUGUUCAAGUCCAAGAGGGAAAUAGAUCUUCCCCGCCUCGAUCUCCUAUCGCUGUUGUUCGACUCAGACUGGUGUCUGGCCCUUGAGGAGACCAAAAUCCACGUGCAAGCUGCAAAUCCAUCCAACAGCAUCACCAAGGCCGAGAGCCGCGGAUUGCUGAAACAGGUUGCAUAUGUGCUUCGCCACCGGUUCGGCAUCGGCGCCUCGGGAGCAGGUAAGGAUGUUGUCCUUACUGUGCUUAGUGGGAGUCCGUUUGCACCGGUCUUCUUCUACGGCGUCGUCGCUGCUGGGGGCAUCUUUUCGGGUGCCAGCACGGAAUACCGAGUGGAAGAAUUGACUCGUCAGAUUGAGGACGGAGCGGUUACGUUGUUGGUGUGCUCUCCCGAAUGCGAAGCGCAGGUGGUCCAAGCGGCCGAUGCCUGUGGUAUUGCGAGGGACCGGGUUUUGAUCCUGGACAGCACGAUCCCACACAGCUGGAAAUUGAUCUCGGUGGCGGACCGGUCAGACGUGCUCGAACGAAGCCGUGGCAAGAUGCUGGAAUGGCAGCGCAUCACAGACCAGCGGAGGCUAGAAGAAGUCACCACAUGCCUGCUGUAUUCAUCUGGAACGACGGGUCUCCCAAAAGGCAUCCGAAUAUCUCACUGGAGUCUCGUGGCAAACAAUGUUUGCACAAUGGACCCCGCGCGGCGCUACCAGGCCCUUUGCAAAAGAGAAGGACGAGAGUUCACUUUCAACACGAUAGCACAUCUGCCCAUGUCCAACAUCGCCGGGAUCAGCCUGUACUCGACGAAUCCGUUCUACAUGGGCGGCACAACUUGGUGGAUGGAAAAGUACGAUUUCGACUCCUUUCUCGAAUACCACCGGCGGUACCGCCCUGCAUACCAAUUCAGCGUGCCGCCGGUAUGGCUGCGUAUUGCCAAGAGCGACAAGGUGACUGACCACUUCGACGCCCUUCAGGUUGCCGUUACGGGUGCCGCCCCAAUCGGAGACGAUGUCGUGAGAGAGGUCAGGAAGAAGCUAGGUCGAGGCCGGGCUCACAUGGCUCAAACAUGGGGAACAACUGAGACGACCGGUGUCAUCGCUGCCACGGACUGGCCCGCCUACGCAAAGGACGGGACGUGGAGCGUGGGCGAGCUGUGUCCCAACGUCACACUCCGGGUGGUCGAUGAGGAUGGCCAGGAUCUCGCCGAGGGUCAGCCAGGAGAGAUGCUGGUCGGAGGUCCCAUCCUCGCCCAGGCGUACCAUAACCGGCCGCAGGCCACCCUGGAAUCGUUCCAGGACGGCUUUUAUCGCACGGGGGAUAUCGGGACGUACAAGGACGGGCACGUUCGCAUCGUCGACCGGAAGAAGGAACUCAUCAAGUACAAAGGCGCCCAGGUGGCCCCGGCAGAGCUCGAAGCGCUCCUCACCUCACACCCGCGGAUUGCAGACGCCGCGGUUAUCGGCCUCUGGGACGACCAACAACAAACAGAAGUCCCGCGGGCCUACGUGGUCAGCCGGCUACAGCCUGGGGGCGAACCCAUCACGGCUCAAGAGGUCGCCGAUUUUGUCAAAAGGAACGCCGCGAGCUACAAGCAACUGCGAGGAGGUGUUUUCUUUGUCAACGAGAUACCGAAGAGCGCAUCUGGGAAGAUAUUAAGAAAGGAGCUGCGGUCGAAAGCAAGACUACCAUCCUCCCCCGUCCAGGCAAAAUUAUAG